AUGUCUACUGAAACCAGCGUCAAGGCUUCCAACUGGAGACUCGUCCAAGUCGGCAGAGUCGUUCUCGUGAACAACAAGCUCGCCACCAUCGUUGAGAUCAUCGACCAAAAGAGAGUCCUCAUUGAUGGUCCAGCUAUCCAAAGACAAUCCAUCUCCCUCGGAAAGACCGUUUUGACCCCAUUGGUCCUCGAAGGCCUUCCAAGAGGCGCAAGAACCGCCACCGUCUCUAAGAAAUGGACUGCUGCAGACAUCGACGCCAAAUGGGCCAAGACCUCGUGGGCCAAGAAGAUCGCCCAAAGAGAAAGAAGAUCGCAACUCACAGACUUUGAAAGAUUCCAAGUCUUGGUGUUGAAGAAGCAGAGAAACUACGCUGUCAAGAAGGCUAUUGCCAAGGCCUAA